GAAGAACACCUACGACCUGGCACAGAGGCUGCCAGCCUGCAACAGAGCCCCACCGAGACCGUGCAGCAUUACCAGCUAUUACCGUCGAUUUUUUUUUUUUUUUUUUCUGAUAAAAAAAGAUUGCAUUUAAUGAUCCUGAUAGGGGUGGUGGUGUCCAGACUCCAGUGUUGUCGUGCUGCAAGUGCUACUGUGCCACCGAAUCGUUUUCUGUGAAUCCCAGCAAUUUUUGCAACUAUACAGUAGGUGAAGGAGGUUUGAGUGCUUACUGUUCAGGUUUCUUGUUUGCUCUCGAUUCUUUUCCAUCUGACGUGAAAGGAACUGGAGAUAGCGAAAGAGGUAAUCAGGUAAUCGACUAGAAGUUAGAACACGUGAUACCUCUGGACUGAGCUCGACUUUUGAUGGUUUUGAAUCCUGUUUUGUUCGUCAAAGCCGCCUCUUCUUUUAUCUCUUCAGUUUUAUACCUUUUGGUCGACGGAGUUCAAGAUUGAACCGAUCUGGUUUCCUGGUUUGGUGGAUGUUUGUUUCCUAAUGCUCUGUUUAAGCUGUGAAAGAACAGAUAGGAUUAAAGUGUUUGAGUUCGAGAGGAUUCAUGUCCGUUGAUGUUUUUUGAGUUCAGGGGGUUGCGAGGUUUUGGUGCUUACGCUUUGGAGGUGAAACUAAUGCUUUCAUCACUUGUUCUAGUUUGAAAGAGUUGAGAAUUUGAGAUCAGAUAGCUGCGUACUAUCAGAGCUGUGUUAGCUUCUCAUUUCAAUUUGACCCCAUCUGAAGUAGAUCCGAGGUGAAGAUCGAUUUUCUUGCUGAACAGAGCCUUUUGUGGUUCAAAUUGACCAGCAUUUUCGAUUGCUGAAGUUCAUCGUACUUUUCUUUUUUAAAUCUUCGUUUGUAGAGAUUCUGAAAUCAUUUCGGCAACAGAAGCGUGAUUUGAUCGUUUUGGUUGGAGUUUGGACAGACAUGCGACCUGAUCCCUGUUGAAAGGAAUCAAUGCUCAGUGUUUUUAUUGUCUCUGAUUCAAUGCUAGCUCAUUUACUUUAUGAAGAGAAUAUAUGUUUAAUUCACUAAUUGACCUUGCGAUUUGAAGUUCCGAUUGAAAGGCCAGUACCGUGUGGAUUACAGGGAAGAUCCACUUUGGUUGUGGUUCACCACUGCACAUUGCAUUCUGAGAAAGAGUCCUGAGCUUCUGAUGAUACUUCCUUAAGUCCGUCGAUUCUGAACAGACGUGCUUGGCUCCGCUGGAGAGGAUCCCUACGCAUCUUCUUUUCCUCUUCGAAAGCUUCGUCUACCAAGGAUACUCAAGAUUUUAUUUCUAUAAGUGGACUACUCUUGUCAAAUUUCUUGAUGGAUCAAUAAAGGAAAUUGGGGGAAAAAAGAUAGGAUAUCACUCUGAAGAACAUUCAGUCGAUUUAACCUUUUUUGGCACCCUGGGUGGUCUCAGACAUGUUUCUGUUCGUAGGGAGCAGAAAGAGCGAAGAGAGAGAAUUCUGAUUAGUCGAGGUUACAGCUCUGUUGCCUGAAAGCAUCUUGAAGAAUGCCCUUCCUCUUCUUGAGCAGUUCAUCUUAUCUAGCAGGUUAAAAGCGUCCUGCCAUCCACUCACCCAUGAUUUCUAUUAUUGGAGAGAACAGUCAUCACAUUUUAGGGUUUGUAUUUUCAUGUCUAAAGUAGCUUGGUGGGGACGAAAUUCUCAAGCAAUAUUGGUUGUUUCCCGUGGCUUAUCUUCUUCCUUUUCCGUAAUUAUCUUGCUCUGAACUGACCCCUGAGGCAGAAAUCUCUCUCUCUCGUGAAUCGUGAUGGGUUUGGGAGGCUGCGCCUGUUGAACGAGGGGUUGGCUGAAAUAUACUGGGUCUGAUGAGUCUUCAGCCGAAGCGUGGGAAGCAGGAUAAGGGCACGGAUGUUGCUGAGAAGGUUGUCGUCGCUGUAAAGGCGUCCAAGGAAAUUCCCAGGACGGCCCUUGUGUGGGCUUUGACUCACGUUGUUAAGCCUGGGGACUGUAUAACGCUGCUGGUCGUGGUUCCUGCACACAGUUCGGGGAGAAAAUGGAGUUUUCCAAGAUUUGCUGGCGACUGUGCCAGUGGCCACCGAAAGUCUUACUCUGGAACCAGCUCUGAGCAGAAGUCUGAUAUUACUGAUUGUUGUUCCCAAAUGAUGCUUCAACUGCAUGAUGUUUAUGAUCCAAAUAAUAUAAAUGUCAAAAUAAAAGUUGUUGCUGGAUCCUCAUGUGGAGCAGUGGCUGCGGAAGCCAAGAGAGCUCAAGUUAACUGGGUGGUAUUGGACAAACAGCUGAAACAUGAGGAGAAACGCUGCAUGGAGGAGCUGCAAUGCAACAUUGUAGUAAUGAAACGUUCUCAGCCUAAAGUUCUUCGUCUUAAUUUGGUUGGAUCACCUCCGAAAGAACCUAAAGUUGCCUGUCAAUUGCCGUCCGAAUUAGAAGAAGCAUCUGAAAAACAUUCAAAAGGCAACAGUGAAACUCGGAAUUCCGUUCGAGGGCUGGUAGUAACUCCAACUAGCAGUCCAGAGCUUGGGACACCGUUCACUGCAACUGAAGCCGGAACAUCUUCCUUAUCCAGUGAAGAUCCUGGAACUUCCCCCUAUUCCAUCACUGAGAGAAAUGGAGAUGCGAAGAAAGAGGUGUCUGUUGCCACUAAGGAAAGCUUUAACCUGGAAGGUUCUAGCUCAGACACUGAAAGUGAAAAUAUGAGUGCUUCAACGAGUUUCUGCUUCCAGCCAUGGAUGGAAGAAAUUCUCAGUUCUGGCCGCCUAUCGUCAAAGCACGUUGAAGGGAGCUCACAGAGGUUCAAUGGUAAAUCACAGAUAACUACAGCUAAAGCAUUGUUAGAGAAAUUCUCCAAACUUGAUCGAGAAGCUGGAAUUGGGGUGAACUAUAGGCCUGAUUUGGACUACAGUGGAAAUGUGAGAGAAGCUAUUUCACUAUCCAGAAAUGCACCUCCUGGCCCACCUCCACUUUGUUCAAUAUGUCAGCAUAAAGCACCUGUAUUUGGAAAACCUCCAAGGUGGUUCAGCUUUGCCGAACUGGAACUUGCGACAGGUGGAUUCUCACAAGCAAAUUUUUUGGCUGAAGGUGGGUUUGGGUCUGUCCACAGAGGUGUCCUGCCAGAUGGCCAGGCAAUUGCGGUUAAGCAACACAAACUGGCUAGUUCUCAGGGAGAUCUUGAGUUCUGCUCAGAAGUGGAGGUCCUAAGCUGUGCACAGCACCGGAAUGUUGUGAUGUUGAUUGGGUUCUGUGUUGAGGACAGAAGAAGGCUGCUGGUUUAUGAAUACAUCUGCAAUGGAUCACUGGACUCUCAUCUUUACGGAUGCAACCGUGAUCCAUUAGAAUGGUCUGCACGACAAAAAAUUGCAGUUGGAGCUGCAAGAGGCUUACGAUAUCUUCAUGAGGACUGUAGGGUGGGCUGUAUAGUCCACCGUGAUAUGCGGCCGAACAAUAUCCUCAUAACCCAUGAUUUUGAAUCACUGGUUGGAGAUUUUGGCCUGGCUAGGUGGCAGCCAAAUGGAGACAUGGGUGUGGAAACAAGAAUAAUUGGAACAUUUGGGUAUUUGGCUCCAGAAUAUGCCCAAAGUGGCCAGAUUACAGAAAAGGCCGAUGUAUAUUCCUUUGGAGUGGUACUAGUGGAGCUUGUUACAGGGCGGAAAGCGGUUGACAUAACCCGGCCCAAGGGCCAGCAGUGCCUAACCGAAUGGGCACGCCCAUUACUAGAAGAAUAUGCCAUUGAUGAACUGGUAGACCCACGCUUGGGAAACCGGUAUUCAGAACAUGAGGUCUAUUGCAUGUUGCAUGCUGCAUCCUUGUGUAUCCGUCGAGAUCCCCAUUCUAGGCCUCGCAUGUCUCAGGUACUUCGUAUUUUGGAGGGUGACAUGUUCAUGGACUCCAAUUACAUGUCAACACCUGGGUAUGAUCCUGGUAACAGGAGCGGGAGGAUGUGGCCCGAGCAUCAACAGCAACAACACCAGCCUUACAGUGGUCCUAUAUUGAACGAAGCAUCUGAGGGAUUAGGAGCGAAGCUCUCCUAUGAGGCAUUGAGGGCAGCUGCAUGGGAGAGAGAAAAGGUGAGGAGGAGGGCUACAUGCGAUGAUGAUCUGUAAAACAAUACACGAAGCUACACACGUGGGACGAAUACUUGUAUUCCUCUUUUCUUUUUUAAUGCGUGGUACCCUCAGAUUUUGCUUGUACAGUAUUUCUGUUUUAAUUUUGGGACCCCGGGGGAGGAGGUGAAGGAAGUAGGAACUGUUAUUAAAUUCCAAUUAUAACCUCUUUCCAAGAAAAGAAUUGGGAAAGGGUUUCUCCAA